UCAUAAUUUUAGUAAUGACAUGUUAGAACAAAGACUGUUUGUUCUACAAUUACAUAAUUACAAUUACAUAACAUAACUGCAAUAAUUGCAAGCCAACUUUGCUAAUAUAGUGUCAAAUCUCAAAACCUGUGGAUUACAGUAUGCUCUUCCUUUUAGGUUUUUGACUUCACUUUAAAAGAGAUUCGGAUAUAUGACUCCCUAUCAGCACACAAGACUAUUAGCGAUGAUGACAUGGCUCUCCUCAGAAAUGUCUUCAGAUCCUCUGGUGGCCUUCAAGUUUGGACAGUAACAUAUCCUCCACAAUGGAAGCAGCAAGACUCUUUUUAUGUUACUGUUUGUAAUAUCUUAUGUCUGUGGUUUAAACUGCAUUUAAUCUAUUCUGUCUGUUUCAUUUCUCAGACUUUUCCACGAACAUAUAAGAAAAUACCAGUGGGUUCAAUGCACAACCUGUAAAAACUGGCUACAUUUUCAGUGUGCUGGUCUGCCAGAAGACUGGAAUGAAAAGGACUUAUUUUGUGGAUGCAGUUUAAACCCUGAUAUCGACAACAUUCAAAGCAGAACAUAUUCUUACAGAUUCUGAGAUUAAGGUGAUGACAUUCAUUAUUAUGUAGAAGACAAUCAUAUUUUUCAGGAAAUUAAAUAAAAUUGUGAAUUUAACUUAAUCUAAAAUGUUGCAGGACCUGAAAAAGAAGUUGCAGACUGGUGACAUUCUGUCAAACAGAAUGUACCUGUGGAAACACAAAGGCUUUGAUCCAGACCUUAAAAGGUUAUACAGUGAGCAUGUCACCACUUUUGAUGACAUGAUGACAGAGGUUCUCAUCACACGGCUUGAAAACAUUCUGUAUGUCCCUGGCAGUGGAGAUGUUGACCAACACAUGGUCACAGAGGUGAUUCUGCCUGAGGUUGUCAUCCAGUGGCUGCAAAAUAACAACCUUUGCCGCUACCAAGCAGAGGUGAUGCUCAUAAAUACCGUGAAGAAAAAUGAGGGACUUUUGGAAGCCCAGGAAGAAGAAGCCACAGAAAAGGGAAGCCCGUUCAUUCUCGAUAGUAAGGCUGCAGCAGACUGGUGCAGAGAACAACAAUUUAGUGGAAGAAUAACACUUCCUGUUGUUCUGGUUAUGGACAAGCUAGAACAAGCAGAAGCUCUCGAAGCCCUCAAGACCUGGGAUGAAGACUAUAAUGAAUAUUCUCCAGCGGAGCAUUUUACUUUUGUUUUUGAAAAGGAGGAGGACUAUGAAAAGUUCUGUUUGUACAUUGUAGAUGUAAAAAAACUAAAAGUUUAUGCAAGAUUUGAAGAACUUCAGUAAAUAAAGACUUUUA